AUACCACUACACCAGAUGCGCUUAUUACUAACGAAAUCAAACAACAUAUUUAUAGUCAUUAAAAUCGUCUUUGUCCUCCUCUCCUCUCCUCUCCCUCACGACUCCGAAAUCCCCACUUUUUCCACCGCAAAUCUUCAUGUUCUUCAAUCAACUACGACCAACUGUAUCGCUGUUGAGCAUCAGAUUCAGACCCACAAGUCCAAAGUUGCCCUAACCAAAUUUGAUACCCGCGGAAGAAAGAGCAGAAGAUCAGAGGAAGUAGAAAGAAUGAGGAUCGUGGGGCUGACAGGUGGAAUUGCUUCCGGGAAGAGUACCGUCUCCAAUCUCUUCAAGGAACACAGCAUUCCAGUCGUUGAUGCGGAUCUUGUUGCUCGAGAUGUGUUGAAGAAGGGCACUGGUGGCUGGGAAAAGGUUGUUUCGGCAUUUGGAGAGGACAUUUUGCAACUUGAUGGAGAAGUUGAUAGGCCUAAACUGGGACAAAUUGUGUUCUCUAAUCCUGAAAUGCGCCAACUUCUGAACCGACUGCUAGCUCCAUAUAUAUCGUCUGGAAUCUUUUGGGAAAUUUUGAAGCUAUGGAUGAAGGGGUGUAAGGUUAUUGUUCUUGAUGUUCCUCUGUUGUUCGAGGCCAAGAUGGACAAGUGGACGAAGCCUAUUAUUGUUGUAUGGGUUGAUCCUGAAACGCAGCUCCGGAGACUCAUGUCGAGGGACAGAACAAGUGAGGAUGAUGCUGGAAACAGGAUAAAUGCUCAGAUGUCACUCGAUUUGAAAAGGACCAAGGCAGACAUAGUGGUUGAUAACACUGGAUCGCUAGACGAUUUAAGAGAACAGUUUCGCAAUGUCUUACUUGAAGUCACAAAGCCCUUGACAUGGACCGAAUUUGUGCUUUCUAGACAAGGUGCCUCGUCCGUUCUUGCCUCCAUCAUCGUAGGUGUUCUUAUAUUCAAGAAAGUCGUGUAUAUGUCUUAGUUUAUGUACCAACCUUAGAACUGUACUUGUUGGGUACUUAAUCUGUCAUUCAUAGAACAAAGAGGUUCCCUCUGUGUUUUGUAGCAACAACGAGGAAUGAUUCGAUGCAUUUGCAAACUAUGAUUUGCGCCAGAGCUUCGAUUUUUUGAGUUCAUAA